AUGGCUUCUGAUGAUGGAGUCGGUCCUCGUAAGAGGCGCAGGACUGGUCCGCCCGGAUCCGAGCCCUACGUGCUGCGUUCGCUUUUCGACAGCGUACCGCUGACGACCGAGAGCAGCUCGGACGUUUACAUCACCUGUGUCGAGUACUGGGGUAAGCUAUCAACAACACGCUAUGUCGCGGAUAUCGCUUGUGAGAUUUUGGCUGACCAGUUUAAAACAGAGGAGAACUUGUACAUUGGUACCUCCGCAGCAGAGAUCUUGCAUUUUGUCAGCCUCCCACCAGCUUCCGACGAUUCCAAUGAACCUACCUUCAUCUUAGCUUCGCGGCUGCCUAUACCAUUCCAAAGCAUCCCCUCCGACCUCGACCGACAAGGUGUCAGGCAAAUCGUCAUACUUGCCUCGGUCAACAAGGCCUGCGUUCUCUGCAAUGGCACGGUUACGUUCUAUAUGUUGCCGGAGCUCAGCCCGGCAUUCGGGAACACCAAGGUCCACCACUGCAGCUGGAUCGGUGGAUUGGAUCUCAGUCGAGAUGAGGAGUCCGGGGAUAACCCAGUGGUGAUGAUUGCGGUGCAGGAUCGAAUAAUGCUGGUCCAGAUAGGAGAAGAGGCGCGGCGGAUCAAGAGCAUCAAGUUCCCCGGCUGCCUGGUUGCCGCGCGCAGAGGGACAAUUGCCUGCGCAGCGGACACACAUUCAUACUCGCUUCUUGAAGUGGAGUACCAGCAGAAGAUUCCCCUAUUCCCGAUUUCUUCUUCAAGUGAGGUUUUCGAGUCUGGGCGAGUGGAGGAAAUCCAGCAGAGGCCUACUCCUCUGAAACGAUCGCCGUCCUCAUCCUAUCCGAGCUCCCCUCCCGGUGAUCCUCACGGCCAUGGAAGGAGUAGCAGCUUGAACACGUUUGUAGGGAUGCUGCAACCACAUGCGCAAACUCCCCGGCACGAGAGGUCAUCUUCGGGAACACCAGAUCCAUUCACAUCUACUGGGACGCCCCGACGAUCAAGUUCCGAGGAGAGCGAAGAAGAUAAUUCGAAGCAAACGGAUGCAGAGAACCAAGAAGGUGAUCAGCAAUCUACAUCGCCCGACAGCCUGAAGCCACUCCCGCCUCUGCCAAAACAACCUGUUUCAAAGCAGCUCCAGCCUCAUGUAGUGUCUCCCACACCUUCCGAGUUCCUCCUUGUGACCGGAACCGAAGAAAAGGAGCCAGGAGUGGGGAUGUUUGUUGAUAUGGAUGGCGAGGUUGUACGGGGAACCAUUAAUUUCCACCGAUAUCCCAAGUCCGUUGUUAUCGACUCUGGCGAAGAUGAUCUAGCCCUUCAGCCAACCGAAGGCUCCAAAGAAGAGUUCAUCCUCGCUCUCAUCAAAGUUGGAGAAAAUGACGAACAACGUACGCAGCUGGAGAUCCAGCGGUGGGAUGACGAUCCCGCAGAGCUUGAGCGGCAAAAAAGAUGGAUAGACAUUCCUUCAUCUGUCGCCACAAGUUCAUCCACCGUUGGUUUCCAGCAUACCGUCAGCCCGAGCCGCUUGGAACUUGAUGAUGUUGGAAAGCUUCUACGCAUGGCUCGGUUUAAGAGCCCUGUGCUGCCUUCCUAUGUCCCCACGGCCGACCCGAGGACACAAGCGACGAUUGAGCAGCUACAGAAGGAGAAAGAACUUUUUGAGACCCAAGAAUUGACCGACUCUGAAACUUCCAAAAAGGGAGAAUCCGGGGCUGCUCGGGACUGGGAAACCCAACGCAAUGAUGAAGAAGCAAAAUUCGCGCAUGGGCUGGGGAAGUUGCAAAGCAGUCUCAUAUUAUGGUCUGGAUCUCAAAUCUGGCGCCUCGUGAAAAAUCCGUUGGUCAUUCAACUCGAAAAUGCACUGCGGAUGGCACAGCAGACCGAUGCUAGUGGACAUACUCUUUUACGACGGAGCGCAAUCAUUGAUUUGAUGUAUUCCAUACAGGAUGUGGAGCCCAAGACUGAAUCCGAAUUCAUUGGCCUGAAUUAUGUCAAGCAAAAAGCAAGCUUGAUGUUGUAUGGAGACCUUCUCUCCAUGCAUCCAGAUCACCGGGGAGACGCGGUGAUACAAAACACCGAGCAAGUUAUCUUGGAUGGCAACCUGGACCCCCGUCUAGCUUUGCUUUUUAUUCCACUCUUGAGAUGCGAAGUCCUACAAGGGCCCCAGGGAAUAUGGAUCCAUGCCGGCUUGGCGGACAUCGCAGAGCAGUAUAUCCAGCAAGUUGAGAAAUCUAGCGAUCAAUCAACUGGACCAGCAGCUAUCCACAGCGCUGUUCUGAACAUGGUCAAGCGUUUCCUGUUCUCGUGGCAACAGAAGAGAGGAUAUGGCAGCAUUACCGAUGAAACAUACGUCCUGGAUAGCACGGACGCUGCGCUUUUGCAUCUACUACUCGAGCAAGAUGCUCAGAUGGAGGCAGAGCAUCGCGCAUCAUCAAGGAUACGAACAGAGUUGAAUCGACUGGUCGAUGGCUGGAAAGGCAACUUUGACCGCGCGGUGAUACUCUUGGAGCAGUACCAGCGACUUUACAUCCUCAGUCGUCUAUACCAAAGCCAAAAGAAGUCUCGCAAUGUGCUCAAGACUUGGCGAAGGAUUAUAGAUGGAGAGGUAGAUGCCGGCGGCGAAGUCAGUGCGGCUAGCUGCGAGGCGCAAAUGCGAAAGUACUUGGUGAAGAUCAAGGACGUGCAGCUGGUAGAGGAGUAUGGAUCCUGGCUUGCGAGGCGAAAUCCUGGUCUGGGUAUCCAAGUAUUUGCAGACAACUCUAGUCGAGUGCGAUUGGAGCCAGCAGAUGUGGUUAAGCUGCUGAAAGAGCGAGCCCCCAAUGCCGUUCAAGUCUACCUGGAACAUCUGGUCUUUGCUAAACACUAUACCCAAUACGCCGAUGACCUCAUCUCCUACUACCUCGAUGAGGUCCUUUCAGUCCUCGAGGCGGACCCUGCUGCACGGGCAUCUCUCUCUGAUUCCUACUCUACCUACCGGGCUUUGCGUCCACCGAAACCUACCUACUUGAACUUCAUCACUGCGAACACACCCAAGGAGCCGUGGUGGCAAUCUCGCCUCCACUUGCUACAACUGCUGAGUGGCAUAUCGGGUACACAAUUCUCAUCUACUGCCCUGCCCUCCGGGAUCACAUACUCUAUAACAAAUGUGCUGGAGCGCAUCGAACCCUUCCAAAACGACCUUGUCUCAGAAAGCAUCAUCCUCGACGGUCUACAGGGGCACCACCAGGCCGCCCUCCGGCUUCUCACACACGGACUCGGGGAUUAUGACUCUGCAGUUCGAUACUGUCUCUUCGGCGGUCCUCGCAGCUCAACAUCGUCUGGCGGUGCCCAACCUGAGCUCGCAGAUCGAGCUCUCCAGUCAACCCUCUUCCGCCACCUCCUCGACGAAUUUCUUCACAUUGAAGACCUUACAGACCGCAUCGAGCGCACCAGCGAUCUACUCGCCCGAUUUGCAGCCUGGUUUGACGUCCGCGAGGUUCUAGAUCUCGUCCCCGAGGACUGGAGCGUAGACAUUCUCGGCGGCUUCUUCGUGCACGUCUUCCGCGCCCUCGUCUCCGAAACUCGCGAAGCUCGCAUCGAGCGUGCGCUGAGCGCCGGGCUCAACUUGCGGAUUGGUGUCGAGUACAUCGAUAGCAUGGAGAAGGCGGGGCCGUGGGUGGAAGACGGCGAAGGGCUCCGACGGCUCAAGGAUAGUGGAUCUCAGGCACCGCCUGAUGAUGCUACUGCCGGGGAGGAUGGUGACUUUGGCGAGGUGGUGGGGCCGCUCGCCUCUGGGGAAAUCGAGCAGGCGAUCGUGCGAGAUUAA